GGUGGGAGAGUCAUUAGUUGGCCAGAGUUGGGGCUGAAUUAAGUGCCAUUAUCUGCUGGGGUUUCUUUUCUGGCCAGUCUGUGAAGACAGCUGAAAGCACAGCUUCCUCUCUCUCUCUCCCCCCCACUUGUGGGGUUGAGUGAGUGCAGAGAGCUGGAAUCUGCUGAGAUCUGCCCAGGUGGGUGUGUCUCCACCAGCCCCAGGAGCAAGUCUUUCCAGCCCAGCCCAGUUCAGCCCAGCCCAGAGAAGGCUGCGGAAGUCAGCUUGGGGCAACGGCAGAGCUCCACAGGGAACCACAGGUCUCCAGAUGAUGAAGCUAUGACCAAAGGCAUCCACUCCAGGCAGCCAUCUGUCCUGCAGCCAUAGCCCACAUUCCCAUGCCCUGCCUCUGCUUGCUUUCAGACUGUCUGUGCAGUCUCCAGGCCUUGCCCUGGAGAUGAACCCCAUGCCAGGACCUUGGUGUGCCCCAUGAUGUCCCCAGCCUAGUUCCUCCGCACACUUUGGCACAAUGUUGGCCAGCUCCUCAGUCAACACUUCUACUAACGGCUCUGAUAUCCCAUGCCCCGACUACCGAACCACCCACCGCCUGCACAUGGUGGUCUACAGCCUGGUGCUGGCCACAGGGCUCCCACUCAAUGGGCUGGCCCUUUGGGUCUUCCUGCGUGCGCUGCGCGUGCACUCCGUAGUCAGCGUGUACAUGUGUAACCUGGCGGCCAGCGACCUGCUCUUCACCCUCUCUUUGCCCGUGCGCCUCUCCUACUACUCGCUGCACUACUGGCCCUUCCCAGACCUCUUGUGCCAGACUGCGGGAGCCAUCUUCCAGAUGAACAUGUAUGGAAGCUGCAUCUUCCUGACCCUCAUCAACGUUGACCGCUACGUCGCCGUCGUGCACCCGCUGCGGCUGCGCCACCUGCGGCGGCCCCGUGUUGCACGGCUGCUCUGCCUGGGCGUGUGGGCGCUCAUCUUGGUGUUCGCCGUGCCCACCGUGCUUGUGCACAGGCCCUCGCCCUGCAGCUACCGCGGCCGCCAGGUGCACCUGUGCUUCGAGAGCUUUAGCGACGAGCUGUGGAAGGGCAGGCUGCUGCCGCUCGUGCUGCUAGCGGAGGCGCUGGGCUUCCUGCUGCCUCUGGUGGCCGUGGUCUACUCGUCCGGCCGGGUCUUCUGGACCCUGGCGCAGCCCGACGCCACGCAGAGCCAGCGGCGGAGGAAAACGGUGCGACUCCUGCUGGUCAACCUGGUCAUCUUUCUUCUGUGCUUUGUGCCCUACAACGCUACGCUAGCCGUCUAUGGGCUGCUGCGGGGCAACUUGGUGGUGGCGAGCCAGGAGGCCCGCGAUCAGGUGCGCGGGGUGCUGAUGGUGAUGGUGCUGCUGGCAGGUGCCAACUGUGUGCUGGACCCGCUUGUGUACUACUUCAGCGCCGAGGGUUUCCGCAACACCCUGCGCGGCCUGGGCUCUCGGCUCCGGAGCAGGACCUUGGCCACCAGCAGGGAUGGGGAGGCCCUCGCCCAACGGCCAGCAGAGACCACCCAUACCACCAGACCGGCAGCUGCCAGCCAGGGACUACUCAGGCACUCCGAUCCCAGGACACCCUUCACCCAGUGCCCCGAGGAUUCUGCCUUCUGAACCGCACACACAUUGGGCCCUAGCUGGAUCAGGGUCUUAGCUGGAUCACCCCUAUCCCUGUCCCCUCGCGCCUCUCACACUCGCAGACUUUCAGGGGGCACACGUGAGGGAACUGGAUGGACUACUUGGACUUCUGGGUGGCAACUCCAGCUCAAAAAUGCAGAAAACAAAGUGUGGGAGCAAGGGGCACGGGGAAGGAAGAGUGCUGGUGGAAAUGUCUUCUUUAAAUUGGUAGUGAUGGUGAGCAUAGGGAUGACCUCUUCCGUAAUCCGUAGAAGUGAUGCUAUGAGCCUUGCCAAUGCAGAGGCAGAGGACUGGAUGAAAUGCCCUUGGCAAGGGCGGGAGGGGUUUGAAACACUGUGGAAAGCUGGUAGAUGGGGCAGAAAAAUGGUCAAUGUCCUGGAUUAAGACCACAGCGGUCUUAAGGCCAUAGAUGUCACUUAGUUUCAUUUCUACCUUGGCUUCUCCUGCCCAGCAUUGAGGCGCAAUACAAGAGUUUGUUGGAAACAGCAGAACUGGUACCUUCUUGAUUCGAGACUUGUAACAAUCGAGACCUGACACCCAGCAUGGGGUGGCUGGGGGCUAGGCAAAACAGUGAGUUAGGUUUUUUUCCCCUCAAAAAUCUUGGUCUCUGUGCCCCUUUCUAGGUCUUUUCUUCUCCUUCCACCCAAACCCCUUUCAAGACCUCCUCCAUUCUAGGUCCUAAAUCCUAGCCCCC